AUGUCGAAACUCAUAGUGAUUUUGGGCAUCACUGGUAUCCAGGGGUCGUCCGUCGCCGACGUCUUCCUCCAAGAACCCGGAUGGAAAAUACGAGGCGUCACACGCGACGCUCAACGGGCAGCAAGUAUAGCCUGGGAAAGGAAAGGAAUCGAAAUGGUCGAAGCAGAUGUCGACGAUACCGAGUCACUCACGAGGGCAUUCCAAGAUGCCCAUGCCAUCUUCGCCGUUACCGACUUCUGGGGACCAAUGUAUGAUCAAUACAACUAUGGGAAACUUCGACUGGGGCAAACAAUCAAUGAAUAUUGCUAUGAGUUGGAGAUCCAACGUGGGCGGAAUAUUGCCGAUGCCGCGGUUGGAAUUGAUACUUUGGAGCGAUUCGUGUUUUCGAGUCUACCGGGCAUAAAGUCGAUUGCUGAUGGGAAGUAUCAGCAUGUCUAUCACUUUGAUGCAAAAGCAGAGAUUGGGCGGUAUAUACAAGAAUCACUGCCACAGUUGAAUGCAAAGACUUCACAGCUCCUGCUCGGCGAAUAUGCCACUAAUUGGAGAAUGUGGAGAUUGAGACGACCAAUUAAGCAAGCAGAUGGCUCGUAUGUCUUUCUGCUUCCCGGAGACAGCAACACAUUGACACCAUUUGUUGUACCGCGCAAGGAUACUGGACAUUUUGUCAGAGCCCUUGUCAUGCUACCACCUGGAAAGCUGCUCCUGGGCUACGGCACUCUUCCCAGUCACGAAGAGUACGUUCGUCUCUGGACCCAGGCCCUCAGGGUUGAAGAUAUCAAAAUCAAGCAUGUGACUAUCGACGAAGCAGCCGCUUUUGAAGGUGGUCCACAUGGUCUGGAGCUUGCGGAGCAGAUAGCAAGCGUGCUGCAACUUGAUUUGUCUAGCGAAUAUAUCCUGCAUCCUAGUCAGGUUCCGAAAGAAAUUGGUUGUCCAACUACCAGUCUCGAGGAUUAUAUGAAAAGUGAAGAUUUCUCGUUAAUGUUGUAUCUGUAA